AUGAAGCAGUUCAAGCGAGGAAUCGAAAGAGAUGGACACGGGUAAGUUCUCCGCUUUUAAAGCAACCUUUCUGUAAUAAUAACACUAAACACCCAUCAUUUUCAGCUUCGUCGUGUUGAUGGCAGAAGAAGCAGAAGAUAUGUGGCACAUCUACAAUCUGAUACGUGUCGGUGAUAUCAUAAAAGCGCCAACAAUCAGAAAAGUGAGUAUAUCCGUACUUUCCAAAACAUAAAAUAGUUAAGGUGGUAUCUGAAACAUCAACUGGAACGACUUCUUCUCAACGGAUACACACGAUGCUGACGGUUUCCGUCGAGUCGAUUGACUUCGAUCCGGGAGCUCAAGAACUUCAUCUGAAAGGGCGGAAUGUAGAAGAAAACGAUAUCGUCAAACUUGGAGCGUAUCACACGAUUGACCUGGAACCGAACAGAAAGUUCACACUUGAGAAGACGGAGUGGGAUUCGAUUGAUUUGGGUAAGAAAGUGUCAAAUGAUUUUAAAAGAUUAUGUUAUCUCAGAACGUCUGAAUCUUGCUUUGGAUCCUGCGCAAGCUGCUGACGUGGCAGCAGUCGUCCUGCACGAAGGAUUGGCCAAUGUGUGCUUGAUAACACCUGCAAUGACUCUCACGAGGGCAAAAAUUGACAUAACAGUAAGAAUGUUGCUUUCAGUCUUUGAAAGUUUGUUUCCUUUUUUCAGAUUCCACGAAAACGAAAAGGAUUCACGAGUCAGCACGAGAAAGGAUUAGAGAAGUUCUACGAAGCAGUCAGUGUCGCUUUCAUGCGUCAUGUUAACUUACAGGUGAGCAACUUCUGUCAUUUAGACCUUUUAAGAAAUCCAGCCGAUUUCAGGUAGUUAAAUGUGUGAUCGUGGCGAGUCGGGGGUUUGUGAAAGACGCUUUCAUGCAGCAUCUUAUCGCUCAUGCAGAUGCGAACGGAAAGAAACUGACGACAGAACAAAAAGCGAAGUUUCUGCUGACUCAUUCGAGCAGUGGAUUCAAGCACGCACUGAAGGAAGUUCUGGAGACUCCACAAGUGGCUGCUAGGCUAGCAGAUACCAAAGUGAGUCAAAAAGUCAUUGUGCAGAUUGAAAAAAAUAGUUGUAGGCUCAAGGAGAAGUAAAGGCAUUGAAUCAAUUCCUGGAGCUCAUGUCAACCGAACCUGAUCGCGCAUUUUACGGAUACAAGUGAGCAUCUAAGAGCAUUGUCGUUUCACAAAAAAAGUUUUCUUCAGCCAUGUGAAUCGAGCCAACGCCGAGCUGGCGAUCGAGACUCUUCUGGUGGCGGACUCCCUUUUCCGCGCACAGGAUAUUGAGACCCGAAGGAAAUAUGUUCGUUUGGUAGAGAGCGUUCGCGAACAAAACGGAAAAGUUCACAUUUUCUCGUCGAUGCACGUGUCAGGAGAACAGCUCGCCCAGCUGACCGGAUGCGCCGCCAUUUUGAGAUUCCCGAUGCCCGAUUUAGACGACGAGCCGAUGAGUGACGACGAGGAUUCGAAAUGA